CUUCUGGCGGAACGUGCGUUCUGCAGUGGGGACGACCCAGCCAUGGCAGCCCUUCUGAGAUCCGCCCGGUGGUUGCUCCGCGCCGGGGCGGCCGGGCGCCUCCCGCUCUCCCUGCGCCUCCUCGCUGGCUGCCCGGGCAGGCCGCACGCCGCUCCCUGCCUGCCCACCGCUCGCGCGGGGCCCGCCGCCGGGGGGCUACUGAGCCAAGCCAGGCUGUAUGCCAUUGCUGCUGAGAAAAAGGACCUUCCAGAGGAGCCAACCACUGUGUACAGGAGGAAUGCUAGUCAGUUCGAUUGGGCUCUAAUGAGACUUGAUAAUUCUGUCCGAAGAACCGGCCGCAUCCCGAAGACACUUCUACAGAAAGUCUUUGAUAAUACAUGCCGCUCAGGCAGCCCCGGUGGUAAUCAAGCCUUGCUUCUGCUGCGUAGCUGUGGUUCUCUCUUGCCUGAACUAAAGCUUGCAGAGAGAACAGAAUUUGCUCAUAGGAUAUGGGACAAACUUCAGAAAUUGGGUACUGUUUAUGAUGUGAGUCAUUACAAUGCUUUACUUAAAGUCUACCUUCAAAAUGAAUAUAAAUUCUCCCCAACUGAUUUCUUGGCAAAAAUGGAAGAAGCAAACAUUCAACCAAAUCGAGUGACAUACCAGAGAUUGAUUGCUGCUUAUUGUAAUGUAGGAGAUAUUGAAGGUGCCAGUAAGAUUCUUGGAUUUAUGAAAACUAAGGAUCUUCCAGUCACAGAAGCAGUAUUCAGUGCCCUUGUUACAGGACAUGCAAGAGCUGGAGAUAUGGAGAAUGCAGAAAAUAUUCUGAAAGUGAUGAAAGAGGCUGGGAUUGAGCCAGGUCCAGACACAUAUCUUGCGUUAUUGAAUGCAUAUGCUGAGAAGGGUGACAUUGACCAUGUUAAGCAGACUUUGGAGAAGGUGGAGAAGUCUGAUCUUUACCUUAUGGACCGUGAUUUACUGCAAAUUAUAUUUAGCUUUAGUAAAGCUGGGUAUCCUCAGUAUGUCUCAAAAAUUUUGGAAAAAAUUACAUAUGAAAGAAGAUACAUUCCAGAUGCAAUGAAUCUCGUUUUGCUUUUAGUCACUGAAAAAUUGGAAGAUACAGCAUUGCAAAUUUUAUUAGCAUGUCCUGUAUCAAAGGAAGACAAUCUGAAUGACUUUGGCAGUUUCUUUUUACAACACUGUGUGACUAUGAAUAUGCCUGCAGAGAAGCUGACAGACUACUGUAAGAAGUUAAAGGAAGCCCAGAUGCACACGUCUCCUUUGCAGCUCACACUCCAUUGUGCUUUACAAGCCAAAAAAACUGAUUUGGCGAAAGCUCUCAUGAAGGCCAUGAAAGAAGAAGGUUUUCCUGUCCGAACUCACUAUUUCUGGCCAUUGCUAGUUGGACAUCAGAAGGAGAAAAAUGUUCAAGGUAUAAUUGAAGUCCUCAAAGGAAUGCGUGAAAUCGGAGUUGAGCCUGAUCAAGAGACAUAUGUGAAUUAUGUGUUUCCAUCCUUUGAUAGUGUGAAGUCCGUACGUGCUGUUUUGCAGGAAAAUGGAUGUCUGCCUGAAAGUAAUACGUUCACUUAUGCUGAAUUGAAAAGUGAAGCCAUAAAUGGGAAUUUAGACUAUAUUUUAUCAUUUUUGGAGUCAAAUACAUUGCCUUUCUCAUUUAAUACUUUGAGAGGCAGCCUCAUUCUCGGCUUUAGGAGGUCUAUGGAUAUAAAUCUCUGGAGCAAGAUAACAGAAUUGUUGUACAAGGAUGGACGUUAUUGCCAAGAGCCUCCAGGACCAACGGAAGCUGUUGGCUAUUUUCUUUAUAACUUGAUUGACAGCAUGAGUGACUCAGAGGUACAGGCCAAGGAGGAGCGUUUGAGACAAUACUUCCAUCAGCUGAAGGAGAUGAAUGUAAAAAUUCCUGAAAAUAUCUACAGAGGCAUUCGUAAUCUGCUGGAUAGCUACCAUGUUCCUGAAUUGAUUAAGGAUGUUAAUAUGUUGGUUGAAAGAGAGAAGAUAGAUUCUCGAAAAACUGUGCAGUUUACAUCAUCUGAUUUGGAGUCACAACUUGAAAAGCUAAAAGCUGAAAAUCAACCUAUAGGAGAUGUCCUAAAGCAACUCAUAUUAGUGCUGUGUUCUGAAGAGAAUAUGCAAAAAGCCCUUGAAUUGAAAGCAAAAUAUGAGUCAAACAUGGUUGUUGGUGGCUAUGCAGCUUUAAUAAAUUUGUGCUGUCGACAUGAUAAUGCAGAAGAUGCAUUGAGCUUGAAACAAGAAUUUGACCGAUUAGAUUCAUCUGCUGUCCUUGACACCAACAAGUACGUAAGCCUUGUAAGAGUGUUGGGAAAGCAUGGCAAGCUCCAAGAUGCUAUUAACAUUCUAAAGGAGAUGAAAGAGAAGGAUGUUCUUAUCAAAGAUGCAACAGUCCUGUCCUUUUUCCACAUCCUAAAUGGAGCAGCUUUAAGAGGUGAAAUUGAAACAGUAAAACAGUUGCAUGAAGCCAUCGUGACUCUAGGGUUAGCAAAGCCAUCCACCAACCUAAGUUCCCCAUUGGUCACUGUAUACCUGGAAAAGGAUGACUUAUCUACUGCUCUUCAAGUCACCAUUGACUGCUACGAAAAGUAUAAAAUACUACCAAGGAUUCAUGAUGUCUUAUGUAAAUUGAUAGAGAAAGGCGAGACUGAACUAAUUCAGAAAGCAAUGGACUUUGUGAGCCAAGAACAAGGUGAAAUGACGAUGCUUUAUGAUCUCUUCUUUGCCUUCCUACAAACAGGAAAUUAUAAAGAGGCCAAGAAGAUCAUUGAGACUCCCGGCAUCAGAGCUCGACCUUCUAGACUUCAGUGGUUUUGUGAUAGAUGUAUUACGAGUAAUCAGGUUGAAACUCUGGAGAAAUUGGUAGAACUGACCCAGAAGCUAUUCGAAUGUGAUAGAGACCAGAUGUACUACAGUCUGCUAAAGCUAUACAAAAUAAAUGGUGACUGGCAAAAAGCUGAUGCUGUCUGGAAUAAAAUGCAAGAAGAAAACAUUAUUCCUCGUGAGAAGACAUUAAGAUUAUUAGCGGAAAUUCUUAGAAACAACAAUCAGGAAGUUCCAUUUGAUGUGCCUGAGUUGUGGUAUGAAGAUGAAAAACAUUCUCUGAAUUCUCCACCACCUUCACCUGUAGAAACUAACUUCCAGAGAGAUCUGUUGAAUGCCUGCCAAUUGAACAAAAGCAAAGAUGCUUAUAGUAUUUUCCUAAAAGCGCAAAAGCAAAACAGUGUAUUUAACCCUGAAACUUACCACAGUCUUAUAAAGUUACUUUUGUCAAAGGAGUGUUUUACAGAAGCAAUGCAUGUGAAAGAUGUCGCUGAGACCCACAUCAAGGGCUUCACACUGAACGAUGCUGCCAACAGCCUCCUCAUCAUAACGCAAGUUAGGCGGGAUUAUUUGAAAGAGGCACAAACAACACUGAAAACGGCCUUGAAUCUGGAGCAGAUCCCUUCUAGGAUAGCAGUGACUCGCCUUAUCCAGGCAUUUGCCUCCAAGGGUGACGUACAAAGCAUAGAAGCAAUUCAGAAGAUGGUAAAUGGACUUGAAGACUCAAUUGGACUUUCACGUAUGGUUUUCAUCAAUAACAUUGCCUUGGCACAGAUUAAGAACAAUGACAUAGAUGUUGCCAUAGAAAACAUUGAAAAUAUGCUUACUUCAGGGACUCAAACCAUGGAAGCCCGGUACUUUGGCUUGACAUACUUAUUCAGGAAAGUAAUAGAGGAGCAGCUGGAACCAGCAGUGGAAAAGUUGAGCAUCAUGGCAGAGAGAUUGGCCAAUCAGUUUGCAGUUUAUAAACCUGUCACGGAUCUUUUUCUUCAGUUCGUGGACUCAGGCAAGACUGAUGAUGCCAAAGCCCUCUUAAAGAGAUGUGGUGCAAUUGCUGAACAAACCCCAGUUCUAUUGCUGUUCUGUACUAGGUGUUCUCGGAAGCCGGGAAAGGCAGCAGCUCUGAAAUCCUUAUUAGAAUUGAUUCCCGAAUUAAUUGAAAAGGAAGAUGCAUACAAUUCCAUCAUGAAAAGCUAUGUCUUAGACAAAGAUGUCCCAUCUGCUAAAGCACUAUAUGAAAAUUUGACUGCAAGAAAUAUCAAAUUGAAUGAUUUGUCUCUGAAGCGUUAUGCAGUUUUGCUGAAGAAUGCCGGAGAGCCAGUCCCUUUCACUGAGCCCCCUGAAAGCUUCGAAUUUUAUGCAAAGCAGUUAAAGGAAGCAAGGGAAAACGCUUUGUGAAACAAGCUGGCAGUACUGUGUUUUGUAUGUAUAUGUGAUUCUGUGUCUAAAUGUUUAUUUUUAAAGUUAUUUGAGAGGAAAAAUAAAUAAGUGAAACAUUACUUUGGAUAUGUACUUUUAUUUUUAAUAUGUGGUACGUUAACAUCUGACUGACAAUGACUGUGUGCCCUUAGUCACUAGGCUUAUUUGGAAUUUGUCUACAACAUAAGUUUACACCAUUUUCUUAAAGGGUCCUGGUGUCUGAAGUCAUACUUUCCAGGGUUCUCCCACUUCAGUUUGCCCACUCGAUUUUAUUUAUUGUUUCAUUAAAAAUGCUAUACCUUUUUGCAGACUUGCUUGUUAGGACUGUUUAUUUGAACAAUUUUGGAACAAGAAAAAAUGUGAUACUCAGUAAAUCAGUAAUGUGACAUCUUUGGUGACAGCCCAGCUCCUUACAUCCGAGAAGUCCUGCUUAUGUUUGAUUUUGGAAAACAUUGGCAUCAAGAGUCAUCAGAUUUAUGCUCAUCAUUUUCCAGUGAGAAGCUGAACCCCAAAGAGAUUGCUGCUUGCCCUCAGGGCCUUGGGUGCUGUCGCUGGAGGCCCCUCACUCUUCUCUCCCUUCUUCCUGCCCCACCAUGGUGGCUGUCACGGGCCUGUGUUCAUAGAAGUCUCUAAAACUGCGUCAUGGUCAUGACUUUUCAUUUAAAUACAUAUACUGUUUACGCAUAAUUAUAUAAAGGGGUGAAAUCUUGGGUUUUAUUUAAAUUUUUAAAUAAAAGUUAUCCUCGUAUGAUC